AUGUACCAGCACACCCUGGCUUUCAUGUUUGCUGUAAAGGAGAUCAAUGAAAAUCAUCAGCACUUGCCCAACCUCACCCUGGGCUUCCACAUCUAUAACAGCCAUUUCGUUGCAAACUGGAUCUAUCUCGCCUCAAUGGAACUUCUCUCCACAUGGGGCAAAUUCAUCCCUAACUACAAGUGUGACGUCCAGGAUAAUGUAGUAUCUGUCAUCGGGGGUCCUAACUCAGAUGUGAGUCUCUACAUGGCAGACAUCCUAUUCAUUUACAAGGUUCCACAGCUCGGAUAUGGCUCUGUUCCAGUGAUGAAUGACCAAACUCAAGAAGUUUUCUUCCAAGGUAUGUUCCCCAAAGGAGAUCACCAGUACACAGGCAUGCUCCAGUUGCUGCUGCUCUUUAAGUGGACCUGGAUUGGCGUAAUUUCUGUACAUUUCAGUGGAGAAGAGUUUGUACAGAAUGUGCUCCCUGACUUUUCUCAGAGAGGAAUCUGCUUUGACUUUAUAGAAACAUUUCCAACAGUGUAUUUUAACACUGGUAUUGCUGAAAUGGUGGCAGAGUGGACGAAAACAUACCAGCUUAUUAUGAGUAGUACUGCCAGUGUUGUGAUUGUACAUGGUGAAAUUCACACAAUGAUAUUUCUGAUAAUGUUUCCGGCAGUUUCAGAAACUUUUGACAUACCAGUGAAGACAAAAGUCUGGAUAAUGACUGCCCAGAUGGAGUUCACAUCAGUUCCCUUUCAAAGAUAUUGGGACAUAGAUAUCAUCCAUGGUGCUCUAUCCUUAGCGAUUCACUCAAAGGAUGUGAUAGGAUUCCAGAAUUUUCUUCACAACAGAAACCCUACUUCAGAUAAAGAAGAUGGUUUUCUCCGGGACUUCUGGCAACAGGCAUUUCACUGUGUUUUUCCAGACACUGAGGUAGAAAAGCAGAAUGAGAAAAUCUGCACUGGGGAAGAGAAAUUGGCGAGUCUUCCUGCUUCCGUUUUUGAAAUGAGCAUGACCAGCCACAGCUACAGUGUCUACAAUGCUGUCCAUACUGUGGCACAUGCUUUUCAAUCCAUGCAUUCAUUGGCAUCCAAACGUAGAGCAAUGGUGGAUGGGGUGAGGCGGGAACUUCUGAAUCAACAGCCAUGGCAGCUUCACCACUAUUUGAGAAAGGUAUCAUUUAACAACAGUUCUGGAGACAAAAUUUCCUUUGAUGAAAAUGGGGAAUUAGUAGCUGGUUUUGACAUUAUCAACUGGGUCACAUUUCCAAACCAGUCCUUUCUUAGAGUCAAAAUUGGAAGAAUUGAUCGCAUUGCUCCCAAAGACAAAAUGUUAAGCAUUUCUGUGGAUGGCAUUGAAUGGCCCAGAAGAUUUAACCAGGUUCAGCCACUUUCUCUGUGCAACGACGUUUGCCCAUUGGGUUACAGUAAGACAAAGAAGGAAGGGAAUCCAUUUUGCUGUUAUGAUUGCAUUCCAUGCCCAGAAGGGAAGAUUUCAAAUCAGAAAGAUAUGGAUAACUGUGAUGAAUGUCCAGAAGAUCAUUAUCCAAACAAGCACCAGGAUUUGUGCAUUCCCAAAGAUAUCAGCUUUCUGACUUAUGAAGAACCAUUGGGGAUCAGUUUAGCAAUUGUGGCUCUUUUCUUUUCUGCCAUCACAAUUUUGGUCCUUUGGAUCUUCAUUAAGCACAAGGACACGCCCAUAGUCAAAGCCAACAACCGAAACCUCACCUUUGCUCUCCUUAUCUCCCUUCUGCUCUCCUUCCUUUGUGCCUUGCUAUUCAUCGGCCGACCUGAGAAGGCGACUUGUCUCCUUCAACAAACUGCUUUUGGUAUCAUCUUUUCAGUGGCCGUUUCUUGUGUUUUGGCCAAAACCAUCACUGUGGUUCUUGCUUUCAUGGCCACCAAGCCGGGAUCCAGAAUGAGGAGAUGGGUGGGAAAAAGACUGGCUAAUUCCAUUGUCCUUUCCAGCUCCUUUACUCAAGUCACUAUUUCUGCAGUUUGGCUAUCACUAUCUCCGCCAUUUCCAGAUUUUGAUGUUCAUUCAAUGCCUGAAGAAAUUAUACUGGAAUGUAAUGAAGGUUCAGUUGUAAUGUUCUACUGUGUCCUGGGCUUUAUGGGUUUCCUGGCCAUUGUUAGCUUCACGGUGGCUUUCCUAGGCAGGAAGUUACCUGACAGUUUUAACGAAGCCAAAUUUAUCACCCUUAGCAUGUUGGUCUUCUGCAGUGUCUGGCUGUCCUUUGUUCCAACUUAUCUGAGCACAAAAGGAAAAUACAUGGUGGCUGUGGAGAUCUUCUCCAUCCUGUCCUCCAGUGCUGGUUUACUGGGCUGUAUUUUUCCUCCCAAGUGCUAUAUCAUUCUGUUAAGGCCUGAGUUAAAUAACAGGCAGCAGCUAAUGAGAAGACAGAAUUAA